GGCCACUCCCCCCGGCCUGGGGCGCGGCGGCGCGGCGGCACGGCGUCCCGGUGGCGGGGCAGGCGGGGGGAGAGGGGGGUGAGCGAUCCUCGGCCCCGCCCCUCGGUGACGUCAGCGACCGGUCUCCGGGCAACGGAGCCCCCCAACAGCGCGCGGCCGUGGCAGCGGUGUGGGGCUGCCGGUGGGCGCGAUGGCGCUGCCGCUCCUGCCCGGGGCUUCCUUCGACCGGAACUUAGGGAAAGAGAAGUUCCACAAGUCUCAGCUCUGGGGUUACUGCAAUAAUGUUGCUAUGCUGGUUGGAGAAGAUAAACCUGGAAUAGGAGGUGAACCGUUACCUGGACAGAAGGCGAAACCUAAAUACAGUGUGUUUCCCAGGGAGAUAGGAAGUGAUGCUCCUGCUUGGGUAGCAUUCGACAAGCAGGUAUUGUCUUUUGAUGCCUAUUUUGAGGAGGAAGUGCCUGACAAAAAUCAAGAGCUAUAUAGAAUAAGACAUUGUAAAAUAUACUUCUACCUUGAAGAUGAUACAAUCCAAGUGGUCGAACCCCAAGUGAAAAAUAGUGGCAUAAUUCAAGGAACUAUUGUUCGACGUCAUCGGAUUCCACUUCCACCUCCUAAUGAAGAUCAGUUCUAUACUGUAGAUCAUUUCAACAUCAACAUAGAAGUAAUCCUUUAUGCCCGAAGAUACAGAAUUAUAGACUGUGACCAGUUCACAAAAAAUUUCCUGAGGAAGAUGGGAGUUAGAUUAAAUCCUCCAGUGUGUCGUCCAGAUGACCCAUACACCAAAGAGCGGCAAAAGAUCGUGGAUAAUAUGAAACCGUUGCGUCCCUAUGAACGCUUAGACACUUUGAGACAGUUUCUGGAGUUCGAUGGACAUGUUUUACGUUUUUUCUGUGUGUGGGAUGACCCAGAAUCUAUGUUUCAUGACCCACGAGAACUUGUCCUGCACUAUUAUUUGUCUGAUGAUACUAUAGAAAUAAAAGAAAUGGUACCAGUAAACUCAGGCUGGGAUGCAGUUCCACUUUUUCUUAAAAGAAAUAAGCUACCAAAGUAUGCUCCCACUGGGCUGUAUCAGCCAGGCACAAUCACCAAUCGCACUGUUCUCAAUGUGUUUGGAGAGUUAGUAGGAAACAAAGGCCGUUACAUUCUGGACAAUCGUAAGACAGGAGCAGUACACCAAGAAUUUUACAAAGACUGUGACCUGACAAUAGGGGCAGUAAUUAAUGUUUGGGGAAGGAAGAUAGUACUUUGUGAUUGUGAUGAAUUUACUAAAGAGUAUUACAGGACAAAGUAUGGAAUCAUGGAUUUCACCCCCAUUCCAUGUAAGGCUCCACCGCCUCCAAAGAUAGAAAAGAAGUUUCCACCAUAUACUGGAUUUGGUUCUGAAGAGGAUUCUCUAUGCUCUUGCCUGGGUCUGCUUCCCAAGCCUCCCCAAAAAGAUUUCAAGAAAUUCAUGGAGAAAGACAGAAACGGUCUGGAAAGUAACAUACUGCGCUUUCUUGCAAAACUUAUUACUGAUAGCCCUAUUGACAAGGAGCGGAAAUUCAUUAUUUCCUAUUUUCUGAGUGAUGACACCAUUUCAGUUUUUGAACCUAUACAGCGAAACACAGGGAUACUUGGUGGGAAGUUCUUGGAAAGAGGUCGCAUUAAGAAGCCUGGGCAGGAGCUCUUUAAGAGUCAGCCAUCUGAAUACUUCAAGGCUCAGAAUCUGUUUGUUGGAGCCAGAGUUUGUUUCCAUGGUCACAACUUUCUUUUGGUGGAUGCUGAUGAGUAUGCUUUCAACUAUAUGGAGAAGCAUGCAAAUGAGUUCUCCAUGGCUGAUAUCAGUGUCAUCCUCAAGAAGCUGAAAGAUAUAGCAGAACCUCGUUCCCGAGAAAUCAAGCAGAUGUUUGCAGUCACUGAUCCUGACCAUACCAAGGUGACUGAGUAUGACCCUUUCAGAAAUUUGAUAGUGAAUAUCACUGAUGGAGCACUGUCAGAACAUGAAAUUAUGACUCUUGGGCGCUAUUACAGCAUGAGAGAUGACUCUGAAAUGGAUGUCCACUUCCUCCUUGCAGUGGCUCAAGAACAACUAAAGAAAAAGAGUUUUGAGAAUUUUGGACAACUGUCUGCUGUGCUUGUAUACAAUGACCGUGAAAAACGUGGAGUGCUGCCCCAUGAGAUGUGCAGGACUAUUUGCAAGUCCUUCAGGUUGCCACUGGCGGAUGAUCUUCUGCAAGCUUUACUGACCAUAUUUGAAGAUAGUCAUGAGCAAGUGGAGUACAAGAAGUUUGUGUAUGGGCUGAACUGGAGAGAGAAUCAAAUCCCUGCUUUCCAGACAAUAAAAGUUCCUCUCAAGUAUGAAGAUGACUGGAGUGGACAGCUACCAUCUCUUCCUGUGAAAAGGGUCAAAUACUUAACUCUGCUGGAGGAUCUGUUUGGCAAGGAAGAAUAAUCUGAUCUAUGCAAGUCACUACUUUUGGAUUAGAGUUUCAGCUCCAAAGCUUGCUUGGGCAGAUACUGAAAACAUUCUUUAUAAAACAAAAAAUCAAAGAUGUAGGUUUUAUUGCAUUUAAUUUCUUAUUCCAGCAUAUAUGUAUACUUCAUGUGUUUUUGUAACACCUUCAUAAUACUGUUUCAUACUCAUACAAGCAUAAUUAAAACUCUACCCUCCAGUCUUUGUGUUUGGUCACAUGAAGAAUGUACAAGUACUAAGAAAUCUUUAAGUCAAACACGGCAAAACAUGACUGACACUGCUUUGUUCCACAGACAAAAGAGGUUGUUGGAUGACCUCUUACAAUUUCAAGUCAGACUGUAUUAGCACAGUAAGGUAAUUCUGUUCCAAUUUUCUCUCUUGCUUUUUAGCUUAUAUCUGUAUUUCUGCCAUAUCCCUAUGCUGAUGCUUAAGCAUUGUUUAUAUCCAAGCUUGUUAUUUUACAGAGGAAACAACAGCAGGAUUUUAGCACAGUAUAAAGUUGUUUGUUAUCAUAGAUAAUUAUAGCCUACCAAUACAGAAGUAAAUGUUCCAGGCAUGGUAUGGAACCUAUCAGUUCUUGCUUUUUGCUUUAAAUAUGAACCAGAUUAGUCGCCACCCAAAUUUACUUGGAUGAGACAUGUAUGGAAAAAUGGUAUUUCAGUACAGUUUCAGUGAGCAGCUUUCUUACUGUAACACUGUGCUUGCCCUAUGAAAACUAAUUGAUACCUUUCUCUUUGAUCAAGAUUGUGAUGCCAAAGCGGAGUUUCUGUUAGCAUCUUUAUAUCUUCUUAAGCUUGUGCCAGCUCAAAGCCAUGGUUAGAUCUGAAUUUACUGCAUGCCCUUGUGAUCGAGGCAAGUAUCCUAUUUUAAAGAAGGGAAGAGCUGAGGUGAAGCAGGGACCUGACUCAUCCACGAUGACUCCAUAGGUAAAGAGGAGGAUUUGUGAGAAAGGUCUGUGCCUCUGGCUGGUGCUGGGGAACUGACAGAUUCAUUAGAAUGAGAACCUUGGACUUUCUGUAAUCUGAAAUUAUAGUUCAGCGAUUAAGUGUCUGAUUUAGAAGGAUGAGAAUUUAAUGUAUUUAAAUACUCAAGUUCAGAGAAGUUCAGAAAAUUAAUUCAGCAAAUCUGUAUUUUUCUAAAAGUUGGAGAUCAAUUUUAGAUUUAUUAUUUAAUUUUAGAAACUGCACUGUAUGAUAGUGUAAAUUAAGUUUCUGAUUUUAUGUCAUCUGUCUAGGCCCCCAGCUCCUGAGAACAAGUUCCUUUCACUCUAUAUGGCAACAUAUAAAGCUUUAGUCAUCUUUUUACCUUUUUCCGUCAGCAAAAGAGGACUUGAGGCAAGGCAUAAUCAUGUGUGUUGCUGCUACUUAGGAAGAUAUUUGCAAUAAAAUGGGUGAUGAUCUGU